AUCACUUGUCACGUGUUUGUUGUUUUUCUUUUCGGGUCAACGUCAUGUCGCUGGAAAUCAGGCGUCAGCUCGGAACUCAGUGCCCGCACUAUGUAAUUUUCUAGGUUACUGUUAGGUGGCGGCCGACAAAGUGGAUUUUAAACGUUGCCGGUCACCUUGAAACAACGAUAAAAGCAAGGGCUUAUGGAAAGGAGUGUAGAGCUAAAGUUCCAUUGGAUGGAAUGAACGCUUGGCACGCAAAACGAUGAGUCAUAAAUGGUGUCUCAGUUCCUGGAUGAAACUAAACAGAACAUCUUACUCAUGGCACCCUAGCAAAUCUGCAUCCUUACCUUUUUCCUCCUCAGGUACUCUGUACUUUUCACUCAAUGUCCAGAACCCUUGUUAUGGGAGGGCGGCCCACCUCAGUCAGAAGCACAUCCUCCACUCGAGGCUCCAGGCUCAGACAGCUUGGCUCUACAGGGCUAACCAGUUCGUGAGGCAGAAGCUUGGGCUCCACACCAGUGGCCUUUGUUUGAACACUUCAGCGUCACGCUGGUCUACAGGUCUUAGCCAACACAUGUCUCGUGUAAAGAACACAUUGGACACAGUUUCCAAAGCUGUGACGCAAACGGACCUUCUCUCCAAAUUUUCCCGACUCAAAACUAAUAAGGGUGGAAAAAAUGUGCCAUCGACACCAGAAUCAAAAGUUGUGGAAACCACUUCUGUUUCUACUGGUCCUCCUAAGCAUCCAGUGAGCGCAUCACCUAGUUGUUCUAGUAUGACACUGGACACAGCUGCCACGGCUCCUUCUUCUAUUCAGACUCAAAACAAUAUGCAAGCCAGCGCUGCUGCUGCUGCCGUUAUGACAGCAAGGGAAGUUAGGGAGAACAAACCCAGACAUGUUACCUCACCCGUCAAGCCAAACAAGCCUGAACAGUCAUCCAUUGAGAGCGAGAGUCUGCCUUCCAAUCAACCUCCUGCGCUUUUUCAUCCCAGUAAAUUUUCAGUCAACCUGGAUGAAACCUACAAUUACCUAGCCAAUCACAUCAAUUCCUAUUUUGGCAGCAGUACACAUAAAAAAGAUGAUGCAUUAUCUAAAACCCCUGCUCAGAGUCUACAAACAAGUAACCCUGUGGACAAUAAAGUAGACCAUAGUUCUGCUGCACCUGCAUCACCCAAGAAAGGCAUCGGUCAUUACCUGUCCUACUCUGCUCCCACCGUGCAAGCUUUUGUGGGGAGUUACAUUGCCCCCUUGGUCCCCAAGUUCAGGACGGGUGAUACUAAAAGUGCCACAGAUGAAGUAUCGAAGAUGGACAAUUCUCCAGUGAAGCAAGUUGAGGCAUCUGUCAGUAAAGAGCAGAAAGCUGUAGAGGAGAAGGCAAAGAAACUACUGGUACAAAGGGAAAAGAUCAUCGCCAGGGUGAGCGUGGACAAUCGAACUCGGGCGCUGGUUCAAGCGCUUCACAGGGCCACCGACGUAAGGGUCUACAUAAGUAGGGUGGAGGACCUCAGCUACCAUCUGCUGGAGUUUCCCGAGACUUGUGGAGUCGCAGUCAAGGAAAAGGUAAUCCCCUGCCUGCUGCGUUUGCAGCAGGCCAGCGACCCUGGAUUGAGGGAAGCGGUCAGAGAAGCUCUUACGCUGGUGGGCUACACUAAGCCUGUGAAAGGCCGUGGCAUACGCAUCCUGUCAAUAGACGGGGGAGGGUUAAGGGGACUUCUUGCCCUUCAGACUUUGCACAAGUUGGAAUCCUUGACCGGCAAACCCAUUUACAAACUCUUCGAUUAUAUUUGUGGUGUCAGCACAGGUGCAAUCCUUGGGUUCAUGCUGGGCAUUUUCCAACUCCCGCCCGGAGACUGUGACGAUCUUUACCGCAAGUUGGGCUCAGAUGUUUUUAAGCAGAAUGUAAUUGUCGGCACGGUUAAGAUGGGCUGGAGUCACGCUUUCUACGACAGCGAAGCUUGGGAGACCAUGCUCAAAGAGAAAAUGGGUUCCCACCUACUUGUAGAGACUUCUAGAAACCCGGAUUGUCCUAAAGUGGCAGCAGUGAGUGCGAUUGUAAACCGAGGCACUCCUCUGAAGGCCUACGUGUUCAGGAAUUACAACCUGCUGCCAGGUGUGCGCUCCCACUACCUUGGGGGCUGUCAGCACCAGCUCUGGCAGGCCAUCCGCGCCACAUCGGCAGCCCCCGGGUACUUUCAGGAGUUUCCUUUGGGGAGUGAUCUCCAUCAGGAUGGAGGUUUGCUCAUCAACAACCCCACAGCUCUGGCCAUCCACGAGUGCAAAUGUCUUUGGCCCAAUGCGCCCCUGGAGUGCGUGGUUUCUGUUGGCACUGGCCGAUUUGAAACGGCAGGCAAGAGCAACAGCGGCACUUACACGAGUCUCAAAACCAAAAUCACCAAUGUCAUCAGCAGCGCCACAGACACUGAGGAGGUCCACGCCAUGCUGGACGGCUUCAUGCCAGCCGACGUGUACUUCCGCUUCAACCCUUACUUGAGCGAGGACAUCUCUAUCGACGACAACCGCCAGGACAAGCUGAACCUGCUGCAGGCCGAGGGCUUACGCUACCUUGAGAGAAAUGAAGAGAAGCUGCGCAAGGCCGCAUGCAUCCUCACCAGAGAGAAGGGCACCGUGCAGAGGUUGGCAGAGUGGGUCAGGACCAGGGCCGACAUGUAUAACUCAUUAACAUGGAACUCUUUUAGGUUUUAGCCACAGAACAAAAACAACACUUUUUACCUCACAAAUGAAAAAAGUUUUUCCUUAGUUGUUGCUUGGAAGGGUAACGAAAUCGCACAUCACAUCUCUUAGGGCAGCAUCCUUGCAUGAAUAUUCACUGGUAUUGAAUUUAUGGUUUAUUUCUGUGCCACUUGGUGCUGUUAAACUUGAUGGCACCAGUUCAAACAAAAGGGGAAUUUUUACCUUUUUAACCAGUCAGGUUUCUAGAUUGUUUUAACUUUUGUUAGAUUUUUGUUUCACUUCGUGUCUCAUUUAAGGAGUUGUUUAACCACUGUUUUAAAAAUGGGGUACACAUUAGGCCAAAAAAAUGUAAAACAAUUGAGUCUCCUCAACUAAAUCACAUGUCCUUUGUAGUUCCAAGGCAGUUAAGCAUGGUGCCACAGGUCAUCUAAACUAUCCCAAAACACUGUACAAAAAAGCAGAAAAAAAUGAGUGGUUGUUUCAUAGAGAAAAUACCAUGUACAAAAAAGCAGAAAAAAAUGAGUGGUUGUUUCAUAGAGAAAAUACCAUAAGAUAGAUAAAUGUUUGUCUCUCUGUUAAUCUACAUUGUGAUGUUGACCACACUUACAUUAUAAGGAUUUGUACUGAAAAUGUUGGAACUAUUUGUGAUUUGAUCAGGUAGGUCUCUUUUGAAAACCUCUCACAAUCAAGAUACUUGAAAAAAAAAAAAAAAAAGCUCAAAUUUGGUCCAAUUCUUGCUAUUUGUAAAACACAACACUGUAAGGAAGUGUAAAUAUAUUUUAAAGGUUGAAAUAGAGUGUAUAGAACUCAUAAAGGAAAAACCAACUAUUAUUUUAAGCAAUGAGUGCAGGCAAUAUUAGUGUAAUAUGAACAAAAUGCAGCUAACGGGUGAUUGAAGUCAUUUGAAAUGGACUACUAAUGAUGUCAGCCCAAGAAGAGGUAUUUAAAUACACAAUAUAUUUAACAUUUUAAAUGCUUGAAAAUGAAAAGAUUUUAAUGCACAUGUCAGCGGUUGUAAAGAGCCAUAGUGUGGCUCACAAAUGUUAUUUUUACUCAUUAUUUUAGCCAGUCAGCUGUUUUAGUAUUGCAUUUGUUUGCCUGCAUGAUGCAUGCACUGUCACCUCUCACCUUUCAUGUUCUUGACUCAGGCAGGUACUGUAUCAUUGAAGUCUCAGUGAAUCCUCAAGGACCAGUAGUAAAAUGCAUACACAGGUACUUAUCCGCAACAACAGAAUUCCACUGUUCAUUCGCAAAGACAAUUCCAGAGUGUGUAGGUAUGUAAUUAAAACUCAUCAGCUCAGCGUUCUGCCUCCUUAAUUACGUGAUUACAAAAAGCUGCUGUUACUAGCACAGCAUCUUCUCGGGAAGACGAAGUGUACACUUUUAUCAGUGUUAAAUGAUGCUCAACUUGAUGCUUAAUGACUGAAUGACUUUCGGGCUGAUAAUACAUGGGCUAUUCACUAUUCCCAAAGUUCAGAUCUUGAUUUGUGCUUAAUUAUGAUGCAUGUCAUUAUUCUUAGUAAUCCAAAUAAGGGGUGGAAAAAAAAGAUAACUUUGAUCAAAAAAUUCUCUCUCUCGUACCCCCCCAAAUUUUACUAGUAUGUGUGCAUAUUUAUGUGAUUAUUAAACAUAAAUAUAGGAUUUACUAAGUAAAUAAACUAUAGUGUACAUUGAGAGAAAUAAAAUAUGAUGCAACACAGUAUAUACAUUUAUUUAAAUUUGUUUUUUUGUUUGAUAGUACAUGCUGUAAUACAAUAUUUGAAAAACAUGCAUUUAUACAAAUCUGAAUUGUCAGUUAAUAAAACAUGAAGCUGCAUAUGAAGACCUUGAUCUGCAAUGUACAUUUAUAGUUAUGUUUUUUUUUAAAUGCUCAUAUUUGUUUUAUGAGGAGAAAAUCUUGACAAAAUGUAAAUUGCAUUUUAUUUAUAAAUUUGCCCCAUUCUGCUUUCAAACAAAUGUGUGAAACAGUGAGUAUAUGCUUCAACAUGCAAACACAUAAUCAAGGGUUGUGUGUGUGCAUAUGACCUCCCCUCCCUUGUGUGUUAACAUAGUUAACAACCAAUCACGUCUGCUCCCACUCAAUAAAAGAAAACACCCUAAUGUAAUUACACAGCAGCCUGGAAGAGGAAAUGCUUCCACUUUGGAUGUAAACACAUGUAACUUAUGAACGUCCAACACCCACACACAGGAAUUGCGUCACUGAUUCAAUUUUCCUUUAGCUCCUUGAACACAGACUUGCCGACUACAUGCACACAAACAUUGUAUUGCCUCAUUUUGUUAUUAUCUUAACCACUGUCAGCGUCUGCCUCUGUUACACCUCAAGCCGCGGCAAAUAAAGACCGCUCGUUAGUACUUAAUUAGUUUUGCAGCAAGUGUCAGAUACCAGUGGAAGAUAUGACAUAAAUUACAUCUGCAAAAUAAGUAACACACAUGAUAAGACAGUGUCCUGAAUUGCUCCAAUGUUUCUUUCUUAUUUCUCGAAGGUUGAACAGGCUACUUACAGCUCCAUAGAUAUUGACCUAAAAAGUGGUACAUUAAACCUCCAGUCAGAUUUUCACCUUUUGGAAAUUCUUACUCCAUGGCUCCGGUGAUUAAACAUAGACUUCAUAAUGAUAUUGACGGGACACGGGGUGCGGGGCCAAUUAAUAUGGGGGCCUAUCUCCGUCAAAGCUGACCGAGUGGAAACGAAGACAAACAGCUUUUUCCGUUGGAAAUUCUUGUGAAUAAAUGCUUAAAUCCCUGAAUUCUUCAUUGAUAUGGACGUAAAACAGUCUCGAUUCUUGGUUAAAAGCAAAAAAACGGGCAGUUAGCAUUUAUUUUAAGUAAAAUAUGUCGAAUGUGCUGCUAGUCUUUAAGCCACUGUGGCGCCGCCUAAUCACAACAAAGAGCUUUUUUACUCAUUCACUCCCAGCCAUUUUCACCGGUGCAACCACCUUCACACGGCCGUUUGACUGGAUUUUGACUGAUAUUGCAAGGCCAACAGAAAAUUAUGUUCUAUUGCUAUAUAAACAUGGAACCCACCAAAAUAAAGAUUAAACUCUCUUCUUUCAGCAGGAAAAAAAAGUUAAUAUCUUUUUCCAUUCUUUAGAAAUCAGCAUUAGAAAAUAGCUUCGUUUGAGCAAUUUUCCAAUUUCUGAUCAAAAAACAGAAAUUGAGCUUUUUGUAAAAGCAUACAUUUCAAACAUAACUUUGACUUUUACACAGCUAUUUUUUUGUUUUUGUGACACCCCAAACAUCCGAAUAAUGUUUUCCUUCUAAUAAUAAUAAAAUAACAAUAAUAGCUUUGGAUAGCAAAGUAACAAUUUAUUUUCACAUGGCUGCACUGUUGGGCUGGGAGAUGGCGCUGUUUUGGCCGCUGUGGCUGUCUCGGCGGAUGGGGUGGGCUUUUCCCUCGUUACCGCCUGUAGCGUCUCAUCAAGAUGGAUUUUUUUGAGUCUUUCUUUUGUGGCGACCACUGCCUCGUGGCGGAGUUCGCCUGGGGAACUUUUGUGGUGGUGGGGAACUGGUUUGACCGUGCACGUUUCCGGCUGAGUCGCUGCACACUGGAGGGUGCUGGGGAUGUGAGCGACUGAGCACAGUGGCGCGGGCUCUGCUCGGCAAGCAGCACGGACUCAACGGCAUCGUCCGUUGCA